CAGGCUCCAGGCUGGGAACCUUUCAGGGGUGGGACCAGCUCCCCUCUACCAGGAAGGCCCAGGGGUAGGGGGCGGGACCUGCUUCUCUUAAAUACUUCUGUUCAACACUCACCAGGCAUCUUGUCCAGAUCUUCCGGCAGGAAGCUUGAACAAGGACCACAAUGACGACAUACAGUGACAAAGGUGUAAAGCCCGAGAGAGGCCGGUUCCUGCACUUCCACUCGGUGACCUUCUGGGUUGGCAAUGCCAAACAGGCUGCGUCGUUCUACUGCAGCAAGAUGGGCUUCAAACCGCUGGCCUACAGGGGCCUGGAGACAGGCUCCCGGGAGGUGGUCAGCCACGUGAUCAAGCAUGGGAAGAUUGUAUUUGUCCUCUCCUCAGCCCUCAAUCCCUGGAACAAAGAGAUGGGCGAUCACCUGGUGAAACACGGUGACGGAGUGAAGGACAUCGCAUUCGAGGUGGAAGACUGCAACUACAUCGUGCAGAAAGCCCGGGAACGGGGCGCCAAGAUUGUGCGGGAGCCCUGGGUAGAGCAGGAUAAGUGCGGGAGGGUGAAGUUUGCUGUGCUCCAGACGUAUGGGGACACCACACACACCCUGGUGGAGAAGAUAAACUACACUGGCUGCUUCCUGCCUGGAUUUGAGGCCCCAACAUUCAUGGACCCCCUACUUUCCAAGCUGCCCAGCUGCAAUCUUGAGAUUAUCGACCACAUUGUGGGAAACCAGCCUGACCAGGAGAUGGCGUCUGCCUCUGAAUGGUACCUGAAGAACCUCCAGUUCCACCGUUUCUGGUCUGUGGACGACACGCAGGUGCACACAGAGUACAGCUCUCUGCGCUCCAUCGUGGUGACCAACUACGAGGAGUCCAUCAAGAUGCCCAUCAACGAACCAGCACCAGGCAAGAAGAAGUCCCAGAUCCAGGAAUACGUGGACUAUAACGGGGGCGCCGGAGUCCAGCACAUCGCUCUCAGGACCCAAGACAUCAUCACAGCGAUUCGCCACUUGAAAGAGAGAGGCAUGGAGUUCUUGGCUGUCCCAUCUACGUAUUACAAGCAACUGCGAGAGAAGCUCAAAUCAGCCAAGGUCCAGGUGAAGGAAAGCAUUGACGUCCUGGAGGAGCUGAAAAUCCUGGUGGACUACGACGAGAAGGGCUACCUCCUGCAGAUCUUCACCAAGCCCGUGCAGGACCGGCCCACGCUCUUCCUGGAGGUCAUCCAGCGCAACAACCACCAGGGUUUUGGGGCCGGCAACUUCAACUCACUGUUUAAGGCCUUCGAAGAGGAGCAGAACCUUCGGGGAAACCUCACCGACCUGGAGAGCAACCAACCGGGUCGCGCCCGGCAUUAAGGCUCCACAGUACUAACUGACAGGCCUGGGUCAGCCCCUUCUGGCGCCCGGCCACGACCCCGCUCCUCGAACACAACCACCCCAUAAGCCCUGAACUUUAGACCCUGCCCACAGCAGACUCAGGACCUGCAGGCUCCGCACACAUCGUGACCACGCCCCCUCUUGCGGACAGCACCGCCCUCGCCAAACAAAGCGUGUUCUGGCCUUCGUGCCCUGAACGGAGCAGUGACGCCCCUUCGCCGCCAGGGGGAGCGCUGCAGAAACGCUGAAGGAUGACAGAGCUUUGCUAAGUGGGUCUGCGCACGGCGGGGGCGGGGGAUCCCAAAGUGGGGGCAUACACAGUAGAAGGAAACACAGAUGAUAUAGUUUCAUAUAGAGGAAAUUUCUAUUAAUAAAAUAAAGUAGGGUGAUGUAAUGAUUAUGCAGCCUGUCUUGGUCAUCUAGUGCUGCUAUAACAGAAAUGCCACAAGUGGAUGUCUUUGACAAACAGAAAUUAAUUCUCUUCACAGUCUAUUAUGGUACAAGUCCAAUUCAGGGCAUCAGCUCCAGGGGAAGGGCUUCUCACUCCAUCGGCUCUGGAGGAAGGUUCCUGUCAUCAGUCUUCCCUUGGUCUAGGACCUCUCUCCGUAGGAACCUUGGAUCCAAAAGACACGCUGCACUCCUGGUGCUGCUUUCUUGGUGGUUCGAGGUCCCCACAUCUCUCAACUCGCUUUUCUCUUUCAUAUCUCAAAAGAGGUUGGCUUAGGACACUAUCUAAUCUUGUAGAUCGCAUCAAUAUAAGUGCCGCUAAUCCAUCUCAUUAACUUCAUAGUGAUAGGAUUUAUGACACAUAGGGAAAUCACAUCAGAUGACGAAAUGGUAGACAAUCAUACAAUACUGGGAAUCACGACCUAGCCAAGCUGACAAAUAUUUUUGGUGAACACAAUUCAAUCCAUGACAUGACCAGAGUGGCAAUGGGGUCACUUUCAACUGAGGGAAGGCUCCUCUGAGGAGGUGACAUUUGGGAGCCAGCCUUGGGGAAAUUUGGGGAGAUAGCAAUGAAGGAAGAGGAACAGCAAGUGAAAAGACUCUGAGGUGUGAAGGAGCUUGGCAGCAUCCUGACUAAUGGCUAUACGAUCUCUAAAGAUGAGCUGUCUCCAGCUUGCUACCCAGAACACAAACCUCUGGACAAAUGAGAGGCAAGAGUGUUAGCCAAGGGGCUUGGGGGGCAGGGUUCCUAGUCUGAGAGACAAAACGGGUAGGAGGGAUCUGAGCCCCUCAGUGUCUGCCCUCCACCCUUGGCGAGUCAGUCAUUAACGCCCUCCCCGGAUGUAGCUCUGGUCCCACCAACCUUGCUUGCAGUGAGCAUUCCUGAAGCACUAAUUCAUACUCAAGUGUGCAUGACUCUUGCAAAAGAAUGAGCCAGUGGGAGAGGAGUCACUGGUCCUAAAACCAUUGGAAGAAAAUUUGUCCUUAAAAACCAGGGAAGAGAAGCGGGGGCAAAUUGGGUCUAUUUUUCCUGUUUCUCAUGCUUGAUAUCCCCUCCUUGAGGAUGAGUCAACUCAGAACUAGGAACAAGUGGACAUCAGUGUAAGAACAAAAAUCUGAGUUGGUAUCAUGGGAGAAUAGGGAAUUUUUUCAGGUUAUAGGAGUCAGGGCUUCUGGGACCAUGCAAUUUCAGAUAUGAAAAGAACAACAAAGAGCGCUCAGAGGAGCAAGGGCAGGCUUAUUUCACAUAUAAACUAUGAUUCCAGUUUUUCUGGGAAAGACCUGGUAACUCUGGACCUGUCCUUUCUGUACAGCAUUAGCUGGUGCUGAGGACCGGGUAUCUGUUUAGGUGGCCACAGUCAGAACAACCCACAUUAGCUGAGCACAGACUAUGGAGCCAUACUGCCUGGGUUCACAACCAGGUCAGCCGCUUGCUAGCUGUGUGACCUCAGGCAAUCCAUUUGACCUCAGUGCCUCAGCUUCCUCAUCUGUAAAAUGGGGGUAAUACCCACCUCCCAGAGCUGCUGUAAGUUAGUAUCAAAGACCUUUAAAAUAAUGGCUGGCACAGAGUUCACGUACCUGUUUCCUCCUAUUCUUUUUGGAGGGGUUUGGGUAGGGGCUCUUGCCCUAGUCUGUUUGGGGCCCAGCAGCCCCACCCCAAUCCAGUCUAUUCUGUGUAUGCAGGCCUUGACUUAUGGCUCCCUCUUGGCCCCCACAGCAGAACUAAUGAAGAAACGGCAUUUCCCGUGGGACUGAGGAAGGA